AGCUUGUUGUGCGGUUGUUCGACGUUCGUUCACAAGUAAAAUGGCGGCGAUUAAUGUGAAAGGCGAAACGUUGUCUUAUUUCUAGUUGUAAAUAAAGUAAUUGGUAAUCUGAAACGUUGUUAUUGUUAUAAAUAAGGAGGAUGAAUAGAUACAAAGUGGAAUUUGCUAAGUGAACAUUUGUAAGCAUUGAAAAAUCCAAGUGAUUCUACACAAUAGACCAAAACCCGUCGCAACGAGCACUCGAGGCCAUAUUUAUGAUGUUAUCUGUUGUGUGAGCGUCCUCUGAAAGCACAUUGAUAAAUGAUUGCAGAAAACUAAGGCGAUGGGGUUUUGUUUAUGUGAAGAUUAAAUUGACAUCAUGACAUCAAGUACUGCAAAUUAGUGUUUGUAAGAAUACAUUGACGUGUGCUACAAACUAUGGAUGAAAGUGUGGACUUCUACUGACAUAUUACAUACAUUGACACUUAACAUAACAUCACGGAGGUGGUAAUGGAUCCAGUAGGACCAUGGUCAGCAUAUGCUUCGUACAAUCGAUUAGCAGGGGUUCAGGCUGGUGCUGCGAGUGGGGACUUUCAUCACCACCUCACAAGUGGUGGUUCAGGCCUAAGUGGCCAGUCAGUACCCUCUACGACCAGCCAAUUGUUAUUACAAGCAGCGCACACAACAGCCUCUUUAGCAGGGCAACUAGGUUCUUCGACUGCCUCACCCUUCAACCCUGGAGGAUUUCUUUCCCCCCCUGCUGUAGGCUAUGAUGCAGUGUUUUCACCACUAUUUCAUCAUGCCAACCCGAAACCUGCACACUAUAGUUCUUCACUUCAAGCUCAACACCGGCAAGUGAUUGCUCAAGCUCAGGCAGCAGUUGCAUCAAAGCAGUCUUCAGUUGAAUCUGAACUUUCCUCUUUAAGAGAAAACUAUUCUCAUCAGACAUUAGCAGCACAAGGGACAGCUUCCUUCUUUGAUCAAUCAACAACACCAGGUGGAGCUGGUGGACUAAGUUGGCAAGGGAACAACCAACUACCAAGCCCGUUUGGAAUACUACCCCAUGAGAGUGUAGUGCCCUCAUCACCAAGUCCAGCCACAACAAAGGCAUCUGCAACUUAUGAUAAUUUUAAUGCACAUUUUGCUGCAGCCCAAACCCUCAAUAACCACCUUAACUCUCAGAUUUCCAGUGCUGGUAAACAAAGCAAUAGGUCAGGUUCCCCGGCGAGUGCAUCUAAGCAACCAGCUUCUUCGACAUCUUCAUCAACAUUUUUUCAAUCGCCUUCAACAUUUGGAAGUCAGACUGAUAGCGCAUAUAGUUCGAGCAGUGCAAAGAGUGGACAACUUUCGUCACAGCAGGACUAUGCUGGAAGUAAGUCUUAUUCAGGUUCUGCAAGUUCUACUACCCAUUCACAACAGUCAUGUAUUGUGUCAACUCCAACAGUGACCUCCUCCUUGUCCUCUCCUAGUAAGGAUUUCCGUUCCUCUUCCAGCUCCACUUCCAGAACCUCUUCUUCUGUUUACAACUCACAAUCACCUAAGAAUUCUAGUAGUGAAAAAUCUCCAAGGCAGUCGUCCGGUAGUGCCAGCAGUUUUGUGUCUCCCACGACUAAAGCGCCACAAGUACAGACUAAAGCACAAAGUAAAAUAUACCCUGAGUUAAGUAGUGAACAAAGGAAAAGUUGUGAAUCUAGUGAUAAGCUUCAGCCCCAAUCAUCUCCUAUAAGUUACUCUAUUAUGGAUGCUCCAGGCAGACUCAAUUAUAGUACUAGUAGUGGUACUACCUCUUCAAAAUCAAAUAGAAUUGGUAAUUCUCAAUAUUCCUCAACUCAUAAUUCAAGCUUUAGGCAUUAUCAAAGUGGAAAUAAUGUUGAAUCUGAUUAUCAUGUCCGAGCUAAAAGUAGUUCUAGUACAGACACGGGAUAUUCCAGUAGUAGUUCGCAAAAUGGGCCAGAUUGUAGUGGGGCUGCACCCAGAAGACCCAGUCCUCUGCAAGCGCCUGCUCAAACUUCUCCCUUAGGUCACGGAUCUAGUCCGGCGUACCCUAUGUACCAUAGUCCUAUGAACUCCACUAACUCGCCUCAACAGCAUGGUGAUCAUUACAGUAAGGUCAAUAGUACGGCGCCUCGUUCCCCACUAGAUGCGUCGGUUUCUAGGCCUUCAUCUCAAAAUAGUCAGGUAGCGUAUCCUUCAGUUAUAACUAGAGCAUUAGGUAUUGAGCAAAGUAAAACGUAUUCAGAGAAUCGCUAUGAACGGACAUCCAAUCAAAGUUCAACGCCAGGACAAACCUGUUGGGAUGGCGACCGUCAGGCGUCCAGAAAGUAUUCUAGUAGUAGUAACAGUAAUAAUUAUAGCAAUAAUGGAUUAUCUGAAAGUAAUAAUACUCAUAAUGAAGAAUCGGUAUCUCAAUCAACGUCACAUAGGACGUUAAAUUUAGCUGAAAAACAACACGGUUAUUUUGAUGGCACUAAUGUAGCAUUACAAGAUUUAUCUAGCUGUCGUGGUGACCCCAUGAGUAUAGUGAAAAAUUUACAAACUUUACAGCAAAGUUGUCAAUUACAAGAGAUCAAAUCCAGUAAGAGUCAAACGCCAGUUAGUGCUCCAACAAAAGUGACACCUCGUAGAAAAAGUACUGAAAAAACGGUCACUCAUAAUAUGAAUGAUAUCUCAAACGCGGUAAUGGCAGAUUAUCUAGCUAAUAGGAUCCCUCCCCCUGCACACAGUUCUACAAGUAAUCAGCAACAGAAUGGUACCUACUUUGACUUUGAAAGAUGGAACCUACCACCACCUCCACCGAAAAUGUUUCCCGGCACCUCCGCAUUUGGCUCCCAAGCAACUCUUCAUGCCACCAAUUUUAACCAACACCAAGCACUUGCCAUGCAGCAUGGGCAUGCACUUACCUAUUUCCCUCCUUUCCACUUAGGUCCGCAUCCCGACUUCCAGUCAUCUGUGGAGUUAACACCGUUGUCGUCAUUUAGUGAGACUCCACCUUCGGCUUCCUCGUCAUCUUUUUCAACUCCCGAAACUCGUGAAGAGGAACAGCCUAAGGUGGUAGUGCCUAAUAUAGAAGAAGAACUUGGUUUCCUUGCAGAACAACGGGGAAAUACAUCUUCGGUAGCACCCUCUUCUCAGCAGCAGAAUCUAAACAGCACUUCACAAGACGCUACUUCAAAAAUAAUGGAAAAAAAAUUCAAUGUGCCAGUCACGGGCCCAGGAUCUGGUUUCAUGGCUUCUUAUUUGAAAUUUUUACAAGGAGAGCGUGACACCUCUCCGCCGCCGGCCGGCAGAGGCGCCAGAAAGUCUACUUGGUCGCGAACUACUACAAAUAAUACGAAUAAUAAAAUUUAUCCUCAUAAUGACCAUGUCAAAUGUGAUGGAAAUCCCGCUCAGAGUUCCAACGGCGCAAUGGGAGCCAAUGUAAUAAAUUCGGCAAUGUCCCUAAGUAACCCCGCAAUGACUGCGCCGAGUAUGAGCUCGGCGGGCCUGAUGGGUGCCAAUCAGUUACAAGGCGCGUCAUCGAAUCUCCUCGGCUCACAAGCGAAAGGGAUCGAAUUAGACGAUCCUCGAUAUUAUAUCAAUAAGGACAGAAAACGUAAAUAUGACGGUAGCGAAGAGAGCAGCUACGACGCGGAGGAGGAGGCUCGCCGGUCGAGCAAGCCGGUGCUGAACGUGCCCAGCACGCCGCUGAGCGACAAGGGCAAGAAGGGGCGCGCGCCGAGCAAGCCGCCGGCGGCGGUGGUGGCGCCGCAGCCGGCCGCGCCCAAGAAGCCGCGGGCCCCGGCGCCGCCGCCCGGGGCCGCGCUGCAGGCCGCGCCGCACCAGCAAUACUAUUACCAGCACCAGCCCGACGAAGUGGCACACAGCACAAAUUUGGGCUAUGGGAGUUACGGGGCGGCGGACAACGAGAGUAAUGCGAACAGGAAAUUGCAUCACAUUAAAUCCCAUCAGCAGCUCAGCACCGGACAGGUUGACGACUCCAGGCCAGGCCAGAUUGAGGAAAUGCCUUAUCAGUCGGGAGAGUUUGUGGCAAUAAAAAGUGAGUUGAACGAAAUGUGGCCGUCCAUCUGGAGAGUUGACGGCAAGACGUUGUUACAAAAAUACGAGCCAUUUGAGGAGAAUGGUAAAGUUUUAUAUCGGAAUAUUUCUACAUAUGCAGCGUGGAACCCUGAAAAUAAAAAGCUAUACACACAAGUGUCCGUUAAAGUUAGGUCUCAAUCUCAUUUGGAAACAAUAGUAGAGUUAGUAAGAAGCGAACUGCAAUUCGACGACUGCAAUUUCAUAGAAAAAAGGAUGCUCGAAACUCAAAUGUACCAGGAAAACUUCGAAGUCUAUAUACAAACUUUAAUAUCACACGCCCUGGAUCCUAAUUUUCUGACGGAAAUCUUUCAAGAACAAGACGAGUACUUCCUGUCGAACGUGAAGACGGUGGACGAGGUGACGGAGACGAUGCGGUCGCGCGUGUCGAGCGGUGGGGGUGGGGGUGGGAGUGGCGGAGGAGGCAGGGCGCUGGACUCGGCGGUGGGCACGUGGCCGGGGCUGAGCGUGGCGGCGGGGGCGGGCGCGUGCCGCGCGUGCGGGCGGCCGGCGGCGGCGCGCCUGCUGCUGUACGGGCAGCCCUACAACCCCGCCACGCUCGAGCCCGUGCAGCCCGACGCCCGCCUCGCCUACGAGAAGGAGUUCCUAGUGUGCGCGACGUGUUGCGGGCGCGUGCAGCUGUACUCGCGGAUAUCGCACCAGAAGUACCUGAUGUACGCGGAGUGCAGCAAGCGGGUGGCCGAGAAGCGCAUGCAGAACCCCAGCAAGGACACCACCGUCAUCCUCAACGAGCUGCUGGCCGACGAGCUCUGGCUGUCGCAGCUGUUCCGAGACGUGCGGCACUCGUGGGCCGAGGCGGAGUCGUGGGAGCGCAAGCUGCGCCACGCGCUGGCGCGGCACGUGCUGUAGCCUGCCGCGGACACUGAUGACGUCACCCACACUCGAACAUCACCAUCACUCGUGGGCCGAGGCGGAGUCGUGGGAGCGCAAGCUGCGCCACGCGCUGGCGCGGCACGUGCUGUAGCCUGCCGCGGACACUGAUGACGUCACCCACACUCGAACAUCACCAUCACUCGUGGGCCGAGGCGGAGUCGUGGGAGCGCAAGCUGCGCCACGCGCUGGCGCGGCACGUGCUGUAGCCUGCCGCGGACACUGAUGACGUCACCCACACUCGAACAUCACCAUCACUCGUGGGCCGAGGCGGAGUCGUGGGAGCGCAAGCUGCGCCACGCGCUGGCGCGGCACGUGCUGUAGCCUGCCGCGGACACUGAUGACGUCACCCACACUCGAACAUCACCAUCACUCGUGGGCCGAGGCGGAGUCGUGGGAGCGCAAGCUGCGCCACGCGCUGGCGCGGCACGUGCUGUAGCCUGCCGCGGACACUGAUGACGUCACCCACACUCGAACAUCACCAUCACUCGUGGGCCGAGGCGGAGUCGUGGGAGCGCAAGCUGCGCCACGCGCUGGCGCGGCACGUGCUGUAGCCUGCCGCGGACACUGAUGACGUCACCCACACUCGAACAUCACCAUCACUCGUGGGCCGAGGCGGAGUCGUGGGAGCGCAAGCUGCGCCACGCGCUGGCGCGGCACGUGCUGUAGCCUGCCGCGGACACUGAUGACGUCACCCACACUCGAACAUCACCAUCACUCGUGGGCCGAGGCGGAGUCGUGGGAGCGCAAGCUGCGCCACGCGCUGGCGCGGCACGUGCUGUAGCCUGCCGCGGACACUGAUGACGUCACCCACACUCGAACAUCACCAUCACUCGUGGGCCGAGGCGGAGUCGUGGGAGCGCAAGCUGCGCCACGCGCUGGCGCGGCACGUGCUGUAGCCUGCCGCGGACACUGAUGACGUCACCCACACUCGAACAUCACCAUCACCCAACGACACCGCAUUAUAAACCGUUUCCAAAGAGCACGAGGUCACCACACGUAGGUGCAAUUUUACUUGUAAAAUGCUACGGUUCGACGGGCACGACCGAGUUGUAUUCGACACCAUUUUUAUACUAGAAUAACCAAGGCACACCCCUAGAGCCUAAUUUUUGUAAAUAUUUUUAAUUUACAUGAGUAAUAGUCGUAAUUGUUGACGCGACGACGACGAGAAAUAAAUUCGCGCUCCCACGCUAACCCCCUUAUUCAUAAACGUGUACUAAAGUUACAAUACUGCUAAUCAUCGUUUGUCCCUUUCCGAUGUAUUGGUAUGAUGGAAAGGGACAAACGAUGAUUAGCGGCAUCGUAACUUUAGUACAUGUUUAUAAAUAAGGGGGUAAAUGAGUGCGGGAGCGCAGACGUGUGGAGACCUUGAUGGUCCCGCGUGUAGCGGCAGCGGGGCCCGCGUGUAGCGGCAGCGGGGCCCGCGUGUAGCGGCAGCGGGGCCCGCGUGUAGCGGCAGCGGGGCCCGCGUGUAGCGGCAGCAGGGUAAACGCAUUCGAGACUGUGCGCCCGGACCGACGGACAAAAAUGUUUCUUUGUUCCCGAAAUAUAUUUUCUUUUUUUAAGGACGCUUGCCCGAAAUAAGUGUAAUGUUCUAAAUCGAGCACGAACGGUAACAUUUUGAAGUAAAUAGUGAAUAAUAAUCGAGCUACUUCGGAUUAUUUUCAAAUUAUUCCGCAUAAAGUACCCGAUGAACAUCUGCGGAAUCACUCUGAUGCAAAAAAGUAAAUGCAAUCUUUGUAAACAAUAAAAAUAACAGUUUCCUGUUUAUUGACAAUUAUUGCGAACACAGAUUAGAUAAGUUAGAUAUCGAAACCCGACUUUGCUUUCAUUUUAAAGUAUUCAUAUCAUUAGUGCGAACGGAUCAGUAGCGUUAGUGCACUGUAAUUGCCUCGUGCACGAGCAGUGUGGUAAAGUUGACUUUCGUUAAUCGUCAACGCUAAAUCGAAUUUAAGAAUGUGAUCAUUUCCACUUCCCGAUUGCCGCCGGCUACAUAUUCUAGCAUCAAAUGGUCAAAUGUAUUGUUUAAAAAAAAACACUUUCUUAUAUUCAAAUGUAUAUAUGUAGUUAAAUAGUCGCUUAGUAUUUAAAUAAUUUUCUCACACUUAACUAGACGUGUUUAAAAAUGAAGCAAGUAUAUACGGUACUCGAUUUAGCAUUUAAUUUACUUGUCAGGGCAGACUACAGUGUUUUAUACAUCACAUAGGUUUAGUUUAAUGUCGGGAUUUCUCUUGUAUUUUUAUUGGCUGUUACUUCGUUUUUACCAGUUGUUUUGAAUGCGCCGGUGCCAUUUUUACGGAAUACAUAUUAUGUACUUGUAAUUAGUUCUAAUUCAGUGGAGAUAUGUAUUUGUGUUUUUAUUCGACACGUUUAGGCCUAAAAUUCGUAGCAGUGCCAACACUGGACUGACAUCAGUGCAGUCCAAUGCAGCAUCGUUGCUUUGACGUUGCAAUGGCAGGCAAAGCAAUAUACACACACUGGACAAGGAAAGUGGCAUCUAUUUAUAUAUAAGUUUAUUUAUUUAUAUCUUGUUAUAUUUUGAUAAAACAUUAAUGAAGUGAAGUAUCUAAUACCUGCAUUAUAUUUCGGUAAUAUCGAUGCGAUGUAUAUAAAAUACCAGUGGAAAGUGAAUUUCACCGGAGAAAUAAUAGUUAAGUCACGGCCUAUGGCCCUAAUUUGUAUAUGACAAUGUACAUGUUAAAUUCAAUGUGUAUGUUAUAUUUGAUUUGUAUAAAUUAGUAUAGAAAUGUAUAACUGUUCAGAGGUUGGGAAACCAUAGCUAAUGAAGGCCUUUAAUGAUACAUAUACAGAUGCACACUUUUGAAUGCUUGUACAGUUGAGGAAAUUGAUUCUUUAGCAGUUUUCGGUUCACUUUACAUGGGACAGCUCUUAGCAUAUGUACGAGUAAGUACAACCAAAUUUGCUUGAGCCGCAAACUGCUAAAGAAUCAAUUCCCCCACCGUAUCUACAUAAAGUUAACUGCUGGAGCAUUUGUGUUAAUGGUGGCUUAGAAAAUGUUUAGUUUCGUAUGGAUAACUGAAGCUCUUAUUUUAUGUGACGAUACACAAAGCAACUUUAUAGUGUAAGUACCAUUUACUUUCUUCACAAAACCAACAACUUUUGCGUUAUUUUUACUCAGAAUUACGAAGACCAUCGAUUAAGCGGCUACCAGGCCAAAUUCGAUGUUUUUACGUGGCUAUAGCAAGCUCGAACGUUAUAUAAACAAGAAAGGUAUGUACAUAAUAUUUUAGCUUGGUAAUUAUUCUUUAAUUUUGUCUACUGAUAUUUCAAAAAACAUCUUAUCACCAGUAAAUAAAUAUUCCGUGAGCCCUUUUCUUGAGUUGAAAUCCGUAUAAACUCCUAUAUAAUGCAACGCUUAGACACGAAACUGUUACCAAUAGUGAAUAAUGAUUUACACUCCAAUUACGUCUGCCGAUUUUUUAAUUAUAUAAAUAGUUUUGAGAAAUCGAUACUAUUCAAGUUCGUGCGUUACCCCGGCGCGCGGGUCCCUGCGCGGGCGACGAGGGGCAGUCGCAGCUUAACCGUCAGACGAGGAACCUGUGUCACUCGACGCGACGCGCGCGCAUUUAUUCUCUGUCAAUUGAUCGUAUGAUUUUGAUUUUAGUGAUAGGACACUGUUUAUUUAAGCUUAAAGUGAGUGAGUGAAUAUACAUUAAGAGAGCGAAUGGACGCAAUAAUUUGCUUGCUUGUGCAAAUUCAAGUUGUAAAGGUGAAGAACGAGGGAGUUGGAAAGCGCGAGGUCAUUCAGAUAGGGGGCGCCCUUAAAAGAAAAAAAAACAAUAAAAGUGACAGUUUUGUGACGCUUUUUCACAUACGUUUUGUAUGGACCGUCAAAAACUGACACAAAGAAUUUGGAUGAAAAACUGGGGACACUUUCAGUUUCAGUCAAUAAUCCUCGUAAUUCGGAGUCGAAAUAACUCAAAAUUUGUUAAUUUUUCGAAAAAAAUAAAUGGUACACUUUUUGCUGAAAACCCCCGCCUACACAUUUAAGUGUGUGUUUUACAUUGUUACGUAAUACCUAAUGCUGCUUUCUAUGGUCCAGUCUUUUAAAGUAAUUAAUUUAAAUACCUAAUUAUUUAAUAAUGUUUUAUGACGCUGACAUACAGGUGGAUUUUGUAUAUGAUUGAAAAAUAUAGUGAAUCUAUGAUGGAGUUAUGAUUUGAUUUAUGAUAAUAAUUAUUAUUAAUUACACACAAAUAGACGUCAAUAUUUAAAUCGCUUUGUUUAUUGUGUUUGCUUCUGUUGAAAUGUGAGGUAUAUAUUGUAUGUAGAAACUUUAUUCGCUACGUACGAGUACUCGGAUAAUUCGACCGUAUGGACUUCAGAACAUAGUCAUUGUAAGAUCAAUUGGUCGUGUACCAGUUUGCAAUACCUAUACAUCGUUUUUUUUUGCGUUUGAAAAAGGGUAUACAAUCUUAACGUGUUUUUUUUUUAAUUGAUAAAUAUUUAAUAAUUAUACAUAGCAUGUGUAUAUGACCAUUUACAUUUAUUUGGUUUCAUAAGUAAUAGUUGCUAUUUUCUUAAAAGCGUUUAUCAAUAAAAAAGACGUUAAGAUUUUUUACCCUUUUUCUAAUGUUAAAAAAACUAAGUAUAUACCUAACGGCAUAGAUUUAUUGAUUGUAUUAGAUAUGUGAAGUCUAACACAAAUUCGUGCUGCGAAUUAAACAGCUAAUGUAGAUGGCGCUGUUCAGCUCCGUUCAUUAUUCGGUAACUCUGGUUGUUAACAUCACUUUACAAUUCAUUGACCAUAAAACUCACGGACCUAGAGUGUACAAAAUUGCUUGUCACCUACCAAACACGCGACGAAAAUUGAACACCAAGAGUCAUUGGAAGUAAUUGAUUCAUGACGUAUAUAUGAUAUGAGAUCCCACAUUAUACCGGGUGGGGCCUGCAACAUGACCAAAUAGACAUAGACAUAGACAUAGAGACAUAGACAUAGAAUUUAUUUAUUUAACACCACAUUGAAACAUGUUUACAGGCAAUACUACAAAACAUUACAAGCCUUAAAAUGAAACUUAAUUAGGCACAAAUUUAUGUUUACAUGUAGAUAUAAAAAACUUUUAAAAUUAUGAUGCUAAAAAGGAGCGAACCUCAGCAUGUGUUGCAGCAGGCUUACCUACUACAACGCUGGUUUUCAGGCCGACCCUUCGUACAAUACGAAUUUACUUGCUGCUUGUCGGUGUAAAUAAUUAAGGUUGUACUCCUCAAACGAUGACACUUCUGCAAUCACUUUCAAAAAUGUGGCCGCGGCCGGCAAAACGUCCCUCUUUUUCGCUUGCCAUAAGGACGAGAAUUUCUUGUUUUUAUACAAAUAACCUGUCAAGGAAUCCAUAUGGCAAAUGACAAAGUGGGACGUUUUGCCGGCCACGGUCACAAAUUAUGAAGUUAGACUUCCAAUUUUUCAUACAAAUAAAAUAUCAGCAAUGCGUACAUCAUUUUAAUUUAAUUGACGUUGCUUGUCACGCUUUAAACAUAACAAAGUUCAUCUUAGAAAAAAAACUUUAAAGUGUACUUAAAAGCAAACUAUAAAUGUUGGUCUGUUUGAGGAGUACAGCCCAGUUGAAUUUUUUAGGUUUAAGCUGACGAUAUGCGCAAUGGCUUCCCUUUUGCACACUUCAGUACCCCUAGUAGAUUUUUGAGUUUCCAAAACGUCCCGCUUGGCAAACGGUUCAAAAUCCCAUACAAAAUGAGACUUAAAGCAAACGCGUACGUCACGGUUCGCUUUCGAAUAAAUUUACACUAGGGGUACAGGUGUCAGCGACAUUCUAGAUGUUGAUGUUGACAAAAUUCGGGGCUCGAUUUUUUCUCAGACUACAUUUAUCUUAAUGAAUCAAUGAAUUUUUGCUAACUGUCCGCGGUAACGCGGUAAAAUUGAUUCCUAUAUCCUAUAGUUGUUUUUUUUAUUAUUAGAAAAAUGUAAACAAUCUUGACAUGUCUUUUUAGUGAAAAACGCUUUAAAAAAAUGAGUAACUAUUAUAAUUCAAAUGAUCGCAUAUGAUUUUAUAAGUGUUACAUAUUAUUUGCCGUGACUUAUUUUCAAGUGUUUUAUAUAAAAAUACGUCAACAUCGCUUACCUUUGUUAUGCUAAAACAACAAACUAUAUAUAAUUUUGUAUAUAAUACAUUCCGCAAAUAAAUUUCGGUCCGUUCAUUGGAAUCACUAGUAUUUUACUUGAGUGUCGAAAUGUAUUUUAUGCCUGUAAAUGAAUACUGACGUUACACUUAUAUGGGAACAAACGUUUAUAACUAAAGUUUUUCAGUCUGCUUCUUAUUGUAUGUCAUAACUAGGUACUUGAUGGAAUUAAACAUAAUUUUCGGGAAAAAGUGUAAGUGUUACUAACGCUAGCUCACUAGCAUUUAAAGCGGAAAAUAACUUGAUUUAAGAUAUUUCUAGGCCAUUUGUGUUGCUUCAAUUAGGUUUGCAUAAUUUUGUAGGCAAUCAUUUAGUGUUGUUUAUUGUAUACAAAAUCAAUUUGAAUGUACCAUAUAAUUGCCUGGAUAUACCCUCUUAAGUCUCCUGUAAGCUGUAACAUUUGUACAUUUGCACUAGGAUUCUUUCCCAGUAGUUACCACUGGUAAAUGGUGGGAAAAAAAUCCCUGUUACCAUCGGUAACAAAUUGGUGGUAAUUAGUGGGAAUAGCCCCAAAAACUUAAUGAGUGACCUUGGGUAAACUACUGGUGUGAUGUCGCUUCCUAGACUUUCCUACAAAAAUAGGGGCCAUAAAACGAUAUAUACUUUAAUCCUUUGAGCGUCACGCCUAUUAUUUAUAAAGCGCUACUAUAUCGUAAACCUUAUUGGAAUGCAUGAAUGCAUCUUCCUCGUCGCCGUCUUUGGGCCAUUUUUUAAAUUUUGUUGUGUUUUCAUUUUUCUCAGAUUUUGAUAAAAUUUGGUGGAUAGAUAGAGUUCCUUAUUAAAUAUAUAAUACAAAAUCUUCCACUAAGUUACGGAAAACGUAUGGAAUUUAUCGUUACACAAUUUCGUGUAUAUUCCGACUAAGUUUGAUACGGAGCUUUUCAAACCUACCAAUCUAUCAAAACCUGUCAAAAAAAAUGGCCCUUGGCGGUGAAAAGGCCAAUCAUCAGGUAGUUUACCCUAGUAGUUACAUUAACAAAGCUUUAAUGAGCUUAACAAUAUAUAAUGACCAUUGUUGGCAGGUACCUAACUAACUGCACUCAAAAUUACCAUUUUACUUCGUACAAUAAAUGUUUCUUACGCUGCCCUUAUUAUUUAUACGUGAACAAAAUAUGACGAUAUUAUAUUUUUACUUUACGAAUAAGUACACUAUAAAUGAUAUUUUGUAUAAUUGCAUUAGGUUGUAUAGGAUAAUAUAACAGAUAUAGAUAAAAAUAGGUAGUAAAUAGCAAAUAGAUUUGUAUAAAUAACAUUUCUGUCAAUAUAUAAAGUUGAAGAGGACUUCAUUUAUUUGCUUAGAUGGACACGGUCACGGGUCUACAUCGAUUUGAUGCAACAUCUUUCUUAUAUAAGACAUCCUCAAUAAAUGGCAAUUUUAAGAA